AUGGGGAUUAAUACAAUCGGACCUGCUAACGUUCUGACUUUUUCAAAGAAGUGUAAAAAAUUAAGGGUGUUGCUUCACGUAUCAACCGCAUACGUGUGUGGAGAGGAGGAGGCGGGACUCGUUCUAGAGACGCCGUUUAAAUUUGGUGAGACACUUAACGGGACAUAUAAUUUGGACAUUUACAAGGAAAAAGAAUGUGUUGAGGCAAAAUUAGAAGAGCUUCGAGCACAAAAUGCUUCACAAAAAUGCAUUGCGUCAGCUAUGAAGGAUUUAGGUAUUCAAAGAGCCAGAAAGUACGGAUGGCCCAAUACAUACUCUUUCACGAAAGCCAUGGGGGAGAUGUUAUUGGGCCGUUUGAAAGAGGAAACGCCCAUUGUAAUUGUUCGGCCCACUAUUAUUACGAGUACAUACAAAGAACCCUUCCCUGGUUGGCUUGAAGGAAUCAGAAAUAUUGACAGCUUUGUGGUGGGAUAUGGGAAAGGCAAAAUGACAUGCUUUCCUGGUGAUCCUCAGAGUAUAGUAGACUUAAUCCCAGUUGACAUGGUAGUGAACGCAAUGUUAGCAUCAAUGGCGGCCCACUCAAACGAGCCAGGCGAGAUAAUUUAUCAUGUGGGGUCCUCAAUGUCGAACCCGAUUCACUACAGUUGUCUUCAAGAUUACGGCUUUCGCUUUUUCACCGAGCGGCCAUGGCUUAAUAAGGAAGGCAAGCCCGUCGUUGUAAGGAAGGGGAAAGAGUUGAGCACCAUUCAUGCUGUCCAAAGAUACAUGCAAAUACACUACUUGAUUCCUCUGAAGAUUCUAAGCCUUUUGAACACCGCAAGCUGUCAAUAUUUUCGAGCGACCUAUCUUGAUCUAUCCCGAAAAGUCGAGUUCUUGAAGCGGAUUGUAGAGCUGUUUAGUCCAUAUGUCUUCUUUAAGGGAGUCUUUGACGACAUGAACACUGAAAAACUGAGGACGAACGCCAAGGAAAGCAUUGGCUCUGCUGAGAAUGAGAUUUUCUACUUUGAUCCAAAGUGCAUAAAUUGGAAGGAUUAUUUCAUGUAUACUCAUAUUGCUGCUGUGGUGAAACAUGUUUUUAGAUGA